UGAAGACCCAGGGACCCCAGGGACCCCAGGGACCGGAAGAAAUCACAUUGCCUGCUUGGAAAGACGAGGUAGCAGCUUGCCCCAGCCCAACCCCAGAGCGGCUCCGGAGUUGAGCUGCUCACACCCCAAGCUGUCUGUUUAUAUGGAGUGCCUGGAGGGCGUCUGCCAUGAGUCUGUUGCUAACACCACUAACCAGGAGAACUGGCUGGCUGGGGAGAAGACACUAACCCUGAGCUCUUGGCUAGAGGAAGUAGAGGGGCCGUGGGAUGAGGAGAGCGGAAGGCUAACUCCAGGAGAGCAGAACAGAGAGAGGUGCCAGCGCACAGACGCAGGUCACCGAGCCAACACCUUCCAGGAUGACCAGUGCUGCCCCUGCUAAGAAACCUUACCGGAAGGCACCUCCCGAGCAUCGAGAGCUGCGCCUGGAAACCCCUGUGUCCCGACUUGAGCAACAGGAGCCCCUGACGGACGCAGAGAGGAUGCAACUUUUGCAGCAGGAGAAUGAAGAACUUCGCAGACGCCUGGCCUCAGCCACCAGACGCACUGAGGCCUUGGAGCGGGAGCUGGAAAUCGGGCAAGACUGCCUGGAACUGGAGUUAGGACAGAGCCGGGAGGAGCUGGACAAGUUCAAGGACAAAUUCCGCAGGCUGCAGAACAGCUACACAGCAUCCCAGCGGACCAACCAGGAGCUCGAGGACAAGCUGCACGCACUGGCCUCUCUUAGCCACAGCUGGAUUUUUGCAAUCAAGAAGGCUGAGAUGGACAGAAAGACGCUGGACUGGGAGAUUGUGGAGCUGACCAACAAGCUGCUGGACGCCAGGAACACCAUCAACAAGCUGGAAGAGCUCAACGAGCGGUACCGGUUGGACUGCAACCUGGCUGUGCAGCUUCUCAAGUGCAAUAAGUCCCACUUCCGGAACCACAAGUUUGCUGAUCUACCCUGUGAGCUACAGGACAUGGUUCGGAAACAUCUGCGCAGUGGUCAGGAGGUUGCCAGUCCCAGCCGCAGCCCUUCUUCCAGCCUGGCCCCAGGAGCUGUGGUGCCUACCUCAGUCAUUGCCCGGGUGUUGGAGAAACCCGAGUCCCUCCUGCUCAAUUCAGACCAGUCAGGCAGUGCUGGGCGCCCCUUGGCUGAGGAUGUAUUUGUGCAUGUGGACAUGAGUGGGGGUGACCCAGCCAGCCCCCCUGCCCCGGGCAGUCCCUCUCCACAACCCAAUGGGGAGUGCUGCUCUGUGAGUACUGCAGGGGACUCCCCAGAGGAGGAGCUGCCCUUGCCAGCCUUUGACAAGUUGAGUCCCUACCCUACCCCAUCCCCACCACACCCAUUGUACCCUGGUAGGAAGGUGAUAGAGUUCUCUGAGGACAAGAUCCGAAUCCCUCGGAACAGCCCCCUCCCCAACUGUACGUAUGCCACCCGGCAGGCCAUCUCCUUGAGCCUGGUGGAGGACGGCGGUGAGCGGGCGCACUGCAGCCCGGUGCCUAGCAGUCCUGCCUCAGCCGGAGGGUCACCCCAUCACCAGCCUAGUCCAGCUCGCUCAGCACCGAGUGCCCCAGCCAGCUCAGCCAGCUCUGAGGAGGACCUGCUGGCCAGCUGGCAGCGUGCAUUUGUGGACCGCACCCCGCCUCCUGCGGCCGUGGUCCAGCGCACAGCCUUUGGACGAGAUGCGCUGCCUGAACUACAGCUGCACUUACCCCCGGGCCACUCUACAGCCCCACUACCUUCCCCACGCCGUGAGCGUGGGCUUGUGCUGCCUUCAGAACCUGAGUCCGCCUUUCCUCGAGAAGAGGAAGAGGAAAUGCUGAACCUGCCUGUCAGCCCUGAGGAAGAGCGCCAGAGCCUGCUGCCUGAUAAAGAGGACACUGGGGAGGGACCUAGCCCUUCCCACGUUGAUGGCAGGGCCUGGCCUCUCUCCAGUUCCAGCCGCCCCCAGCGCAGCCCCAAGAGAAUGGGAGUACACCACCUGCACCGCAAGGACAGCCUAACGCAAGCCCAGGAGCAGGGCACCCUGCUCAGCUAGGCCUGCCCGCCUUCCUACCACCACCUCAGGGCUGCAUUUGACCCCAAACUCUUCCUUCAGACCUGGCAGCUCUGUGAGUGGAGCCCACAUCAAAUCACUGACUGGUGCGGGCCUGCCUCGUGGAUUUUUCUUUUCCUUUGAAUACCUGUUCUCCAGGGGUAACAAGUCACUUGAGCCCCAAGCUCCUAACACCAUUCAUUCAGCGCAGCUGUUGCCAUGGAAGUGACGGGCAGACUUGUCAGUUUUCAUUUUCUCUCCUUUCAUAUCUAAGAGCUCUGGUUGUUGGGGGAGGGUGUCUUGGUGCUGCUGACCUCUAUUACUCUUCCCCAGCGUGAGCUGCUCUUAGGCUGGCCCCAGAGACAAGGGUGGACUCACUCAGGGCUCCCCUCAGCUAUUCCCACCCUCUCUUCCAGAGGGAGGGCAUGACUUCAGGGGCCUCAAGCUAGACUCUAGGUGAGGCCCGGCCCCCUCUUAACCUUGGCUCUAGACUGUUACUCCCAGAUUUGGGAAGUUUUCACAUAAUAAUGACUAUUUUAAAAUUAAAUAAAACUUAUUUUACAGGGAAGGAUUGCUUUUCUCCUUCCCACUUUAA